GCAACCUUCGCCCGCGGGCUCCGUGCUAGUUAACCGCUCAGCGCAGCUGCAUGGCCCAAUAAUUCUCGAGAAUAGAGAGAGGAAGAGGGACAAGGGACAAAACGAGGGGGUGUUGCUGCGCUCCGCUCCGCUCCGGAUCGCUCCUCGAGCAGGCUGGUGGUGGGAUUGUGUUCUUGUGCGUUAUGGUGACAGCUCGUGACACCAAGGACUAAUAGAAGCCCGGGAGCAUCCCCUCCUCUCCUCGCGCUUAGCCAGCCUUUUGCUAUAGACCGACAAGCUAAAUGGGGAGAAGACUGCACCAAACUGUGUUUGGAUCAGAUAGCACCAAUCCACAGUGACCAGAAGAACUGGACAUCAAGAGCUGGACGGGUCCAGUCAUGUACCAGUGAGCGGUUAUAGGCUCCUUCUGCAACCGGAUUUUGGAGAAGCGGUGGGUUCAACAUGAGCGGUGGCGGAGAGAUCAUCUUCCAAGGCUGGUUGAGGAAGUCGCCACCCGAGAAGAAACUGAGGAGAUAUGCAUGGAAGAAACGCUGGUUCGUCCUGCGUAGUGGUCGCAUGUCCGGCGACCCUGACGUCCUGGAGUACUAUAAAAAUGACCACUCCAAGAAGCCCCUCCGGGUCAUCGACCUUCACUGCUGUGAGCAAGUGGACGCCGGGCUGACCUUCAAGAGGAAGGAGUUCCAGGGCAGCUUUGUGUUUGACAUCAAGACAUCGGAGCGCACCUUCUACCUGGUGGCUGAGUCCGAGGAGGACAUGAACAAGUGGGUCAGAUCAAUCUGUCAAUUGUGUGGCUUCAACCAGUCGGAGGAGAACAGCCAUGACAUCCGUUCUUCCAUACCUCGUUCCCUGGCCCUGAGCGCAGACCUGUCCAGUUCUCUGACCCCUCUGCCCAGAGAGCGGAAGUCGUCCGCCCCGGUCCAUUCUUCACAGCCGGUUCUCUUCACCUUCGAUGUCCCAGUUCGCCACAGUACGUCACACGGUCACCAAGGGAGCCACGGCAGCACUCUGUCCAACAGUGCCCCCCAGGACUACCUCCUGCUACAUCAAUGUAUGAGCAGGAAGACCGACAGCACACGGAGUGCCAGUUUCUCCCAGGCCCAAAGGAGCAGUAAUCUGUUUGUUGGCAGCGACCUGGCGGUGCAGAAGUUCUCCCAUGGCUUUUCACACUGUCUGAACGGGAUGGGAGCCCAGCUUCAUGGCUUCUACAGCCUGCCCAAACCUGUCAAGCAGCAGCUGAGUUCCACGGCUGGGUCUGGGACCUCAACGCGGCCAGACUCCCCGGAGGAGGCCUGCUACGUGUUGCCCAGGGGGUACAGCUGUGAGGGGCCCAUCCUGGGGCACAGCUCGCUGGGCUUGGCAGAUCUGGAUGACCAGGACAACGAGGAGGUGUACACUUUCAAGACACCUUGCAACACCUUGGCUACCGGCAUCGACAGUAACCAUACCAACGACCGCAACCACAGCGCCGACUGUAUUAGUGACCGGCAGACGGACAACUACGAUAUCCCGACCCCGCCCGGAUCCUGCUACCAGAUCCCUCGGACCUUCGACAAGAACCACAACGUGACUCCGUCCAGCUCCGAGUCAUCCAGCACCCCGCCCCCGCGGCCCCCCAAGCCUAGUCAGGGAUCAGAGGGAGGAAGGUUUGGGUUUCCAGGCGGUCAGAACGGCCAGAACGGGGAUGGGAGCGCGGCUGUCACGGCCAGGAGGAACACCCUUCCAGCAGUGGAAAACAUCCGGUUACACCGAGGCUCUUCAUUUGAGACCAACCUCCAUCACCGUCCGAUGUAUUUCAAUAACCAAGACCAGUCAGUGGAGUCUGUGAAUGAUGGCUUCAGCUCUUACCUGAGAACCAGAGCCCCUCUGACACGUUCAGACAGUGGCGGAUCAGAGGACAAUUAUGUGCCCAUGAAUCCGGGUUCUUCGCCUCUCAACACCGCCCAGGCGGACAGCCCCAAAAACAUCUACAUCCCAAUGAGUCCCGGGCCACACCACUUUGACUUCCCAGGGUUCUCCGCCACGCUACCGGCCCGGAAGGGCAGCAACGCCUCGCCAUGUCACCGACCAGGGAGGCUGAGUGAUGUCACACCACCACCUAUUAACCGAAACCUCAAGCCAAACCGGACAUCCAAGCCCACACUUCUGGAUCUGAGGAACAAUGGCAUCAUUGAUGAGCUCCCGUUUAAAAGUCCAGUCACCAUGUCAUGGACCAGGCCCAUGCCUAUGAACUCAGGAGGCAUGUCCUCUCAGCACUGUAGACCUAUCUCUACCCAGAGUAUCACCAGCACUGACUCAGCAGACAGCGAGGAGAACUAUGUUGCCAUGCAGAACCCAGCUUCUACCUCUCCAGCAGUGAGUGGCACCAGUAGCCCCGCCUCCAGGAAGUGUGGGAAUGUAGACUACCUUGCUUUGGACUUCCAGCCAGGUUCUCCCAGCCCCCACAGGAAGCCGUCUACAUCCUCUGUGACGUCGGAUGAGAAGGUGGAUUACGUCCAGGUGGACAAGGAGAAGACACAAGCUCUCCAGAACACCAUGCAGGAGUGGACAGAUGUACGCCAGUCCACUGACCCCGCCCCCAAGACCGUCAAGUCCUGACAGUAGUCCUGACAACCACACGCAUCUCCUGUCAGAUUUAACACAGUCAAUGCUGAGGUUGGUUUGAAGAGUGAGGGAGGCAGAGACACUGAGGACUUCUGUCGUUCAGGAGGACACUGAAAUGAGGAAGGAACUGAAAAUAACAUUUAUUUGUAUUCUGUGGUGAUGAUCAGUGAUGUACAAUGAGACAAUGUGCUGCAGUAAACCAGGUGAAUAAGAAAACAUUAUAAUAAGAUACCAGGUCAACAGGAUAAAAAGAUUACAGCAAUAUAGUAGGUUAAAAUGACAACAGGAUUCCAGGACAACAGGAUACUAGGACAACUGGAUACCAGGACAACAAGAUACCAGGGCAACAGGAUACUAGGACAACAGGAUACCAGGACAACAGGAUACCAGGACAACAGGAUACCAGGAUACCAGGACAACAGGAUACCAGGGCAACAGGAUACCAGGACAACAGGAUACCAGGGCAACAGGAUACCAGGACAACAGGAUACCAGGACAACAGGAUACCAGGGCAACAGGAUACCAGGACAACAGGAUACCAGGACAAAUGUAUAACAGGACAAAAGUAUACCAGGACAACAGGAUAUCAGGAUAACAGGAUACCAGGAUAAAAGGACAUCAGGAUUUAAGAAACAAAACAAUUGGAUAACAGGAUGAAAAAACAAUACAACAGGAUACCAGGAUAUCAGGAUAAAAAGAAAACAAUAAAUAAUAGGAUAAAGUUAUAUCAAAAUACCAGGAUAGUAGAAUAACAGGAUAAUAGGAUAACAGACUACCAGGACCACAGGCCUUACCAAAGCUCUUCUUCCGAAAGCAACUGUUAUCAAGCAGAAUCUGACCCAAAACAUGAGACAUCAAAGGUUGUCCAUCAUAACAGCAUAACACAGGCUCCCAUCAUUCCCAAAAUA